AGAGAGAAAGAUUCGAGAACGGGACGGGGUAUAUUUUAGAACCAUCUCUCCCCCCAUCUCAUCUUUCUAUCUCUCUCUUCUCUCUUCUCUACAUCUCUCUCAUUCAAAUACUCACUUGACCACUCACUCACUCAUCCAUCCAUCCACAAGACACUCUCUCCAAGAUGGCUCCCAUCCAAGUCAAGAAGAUCUGUUGUAUCGGUGCUGGAUACGUCGGUGGACCCACCUGUGCUGUCAUUGCUGCCAAGUGCCCCCACAUUGAAGUCACCAUUGUCGAUCUCAACAAGGCCCGUAUCGACGCCUGGAACUCUGACCACUUGCCCAUCUACGAGCCCGGUCUCGAUGAAGUCGUCAAGGGCGCUCGAGGCAAGAACCUCUUCUUCUCCACCGAUGUCGACAAGGCUAUCGCCGAGGCAGACCUCAUCUUCGUCUCCGUCAACACCCCUACAAAGAAGUCUGGUAUCGGUGCCGGAUUCGCCGCCGACUUGAACUACCUCCAACUCGCUACCCGACGAAUCGCCGAGGUUUCCACUUCCUCCAAGAUUGUCGUUGAAAAGUCGACCGUUCCAUGCAGAACUGCCGAUGCCAUGCGAACCAUCCUCGAGGCCAACUCCAAGGAGGGCUGCAAAUUUGACAUUCUCUCCAACCCUGAAUUCCUUGCCGAGGGAACCGCCAUUGCCGAUCUCUUCGCUCCUGACCGUGUCCUCAUCGGAUCCCUCCAGACUCAAUCCGGUCUCGACGCUUGCCAAGCCCUCAUGAGCGUCUACGCCAACUGGGUCCCCAAAGAGAGAAUCUUGACCGUCGGACUUUGGUCCUCUGAGCUCUCCAAGCUCGCUGCCAACGCCAUGUUGGCUCAGCGUAUCUCUUCCGUCAACGCCUUGUCCGCCAUUUGCGAAGCUACCGGAGCUAGCAUUGACGAAGUCGCUUACGCCGUCGGACGAGACUCUCGAGUCGGACCCAAGUUCCUCAAGGCGUCCGUUGGUUUCGGAGGAUCUUGUUUCCAGAAGGAUAUCCUCAACUUGGUCUACCUCUCCGAGUCGCUUCACUUGCCCGAGGUUGCCAGAUACUGGCGUGCAGUUGUUGAGAUGAACGAACACCAGAAGGACCGAUUCGCCCGAAAGGUCGUCGACACCUUGUUCAACACCAUCACCGGCAAGAAGAUUGCCAUGCUCGGAUGGGCCUUCAAGAAGGACACCGGUGACACCCGAGAGUCUCCCGCCAUUAGCAUUGCCAACCACUUCCUCUCUGAGAAGGCCAGGAUCACCUGCUACGACCCUCAGGUCACUUCUGAGCAGAUGUGGCUCGACUUGACCGACUACGGUUCCAUCCCCGCCGAGCCCAUCAAGCCCCACUUCAGCGUCUGCCAGAGCGCCGAGGAAGCCUGUGCCAAUGCAGAGGCCAUUGUCAUCUGUACCGAAUGGGAUGAGUUCAAAGAGCUCAACUGGGAGAAGAUCUACGAGAACUGCCCCCGACCUGCCUUUGUCUUUGACGGUCGAUUGAUGCUCGACCGAAAGAGACUCCAGAAGAUUGGAUUCACCGUCGUUACCAUUGGAACUGGUGACAGACUCUAGGUGCCAUACCUACCUUCAAACUCUCUCUCUCUCCUCUUGCAUAACCCCGGAGCUUUCUCCCCAUUGGACGAACUCCUAUUUCCUCUAACAACCGAUUCUCCCUCAUUGACAUCCUUUUACUCGUUUCCAACCUCUCUUCCGGUAACUUAUUAGACAUCAUUUCUUUUUUAUCUGGAUUCGCAUAUCCCGCCCGGUCCGGAUCGGUCAAGCGGAGGAUGAGGAUUUUCCUUUUGCUGGCUGCGUGACAGGAGGGCUGGCAGAAACCAGUCGAAUCCACGACAUUGACAUCGUGGAGGACCAAGACACAUAGAUAUCAUGCAUCAUAUUCUAGAAUCCGU